AUGGAGUCUAAGAGGGAGUUCGACCUGAUCCUUCUGGGCCCGACUGGUUACACGGGUCGACUUUGUGCAGAGCACAUUGUUAAGAACUUUCCCACGGGCCUAAAAUGGGCUCUAGCAGGGCGUUCGCUCCAGAAGGUUGGAGAUGUUGCCAAAGAACUCAAGAAUCUGAACCCCGAUCGCGUCGAACCAGCGAACAUUGUUGACCUCCUAUUAGAGAUUCUGGCUGUGCAGCUCAAUCGGGAGGAAUUGCACUCACUGGCUCAGAAAUGCCGUGUACUUCUUAACUGCGUUGGGCCAUAUCACCUGUACUCCACUCCUGUAGUCGAAGCUUGCGCUAGCAACGGAACACAUUAUCUUGAUGUUCAGGCGCUGGACGCUAUGGCUAAUCUGUGUAGCACUGGAGAAACGCCCUGGAUCAAAAGUAUCAUUGAAAAAUACCAUGAAACUGCCAAGUCUAAUGGUGCUAUAAUAAUUCCCUCUGUUGGCGUCGAGAGUGCACCUGCAGAUAUGUUGUCUUGGGCCCUUGUUAAGCGUAUACGUGAGGAACUUUCCUGCGACACUAAGGAAGUUACGUGCGCAAUAGAUGAACUGAAGUCCUCCGGUGCAAGUGGUGGUACUCUCGCCACAAUCAUGACUAUGUUUGAUACCCUCUCAUUGUUCGAUAUACUCAAAGCAGCAGACCCGUUUGCGCUGGCCGCAUCCUCGCCACCCAAGUCUAUCCCCAGCGAACCACUCGCGGAAAAGGUGCUGGGAGUCCGCUCAGUCCGUGAUAUGGGCACUCUCACCACUGCUCCAACAGCAAUCGCCGACAUUACUAUCGUGCAUCGGAGUAGUACACUGAUGCCAGAGUUCUACGGGCGUCGGUUCCAUUUCAGACAGUUUCUUAGGGUGAGGAACGUGCUCAUUGGUGUCGCACUUCAUUUUGCCUUCGUCACCGGCUUGUUGCUUUUGCUCCUGCCCCCGGUUCGGUGGCUCUUGAAGAAAUAUAUCUAUGCGCCCGGUAGUGGACCCCGCAUGGAGGACUCAGUCAAUGACCGGCUGGUAUACCGUGCUGUGGCGACAGCUGAUCAAGACACGCCGCAUCCUAAGCGUGCACUUGGCAAGCUGAAAUACGAUGGAACGAUGUAUGUUUUCACCGGACUCUUGCUGGCAGAGGCAGCCAUGACUAUUCUGGAGAACGAAGAGAAAGUGAAGAAAGUCUCCCGUUGUGGCCUUGUAACUCCAGCUACCUUGGGCCAGGAAUUCAUUGACCGUUUGGAGAAGGUUGGAUGUCAAAUUGAGACCGAAGUGUUCAACUAUUGA